CUCAAACCCAAAACAAAGUUUGCUAAUAUAUUCUUGUGGUCAUCAGAAGUAGUACAUUGAUCAAAGAGGCCAAAUAAAAUCUCUUUUUAACAAUGAAGAUAAAGAUAACAAGCAAAACGCAUGUAAAACCAUGCAAGCCAAUACUGGGGAAGAAACAAUUCCAGCUCACAACAUUUGAUCUUCCUUACCUAGCUUUUUACUACAAUCAGAAGUUUCUGCUCUACAAGUUCCAGAACCCUCUAGAUCUCGAGGAACCCACUUUCCAAAACGAUGUCGUGGAGAAGCUCAAAGACGGUUUGGGUACGGCUCUUGAAGACUUCUAUCAGCUUGCCGGUAAGCUGGCCAAGGACGACGAAGGGGUCUUCCGCGUUGAGUACGACGCUGACGAUGAAGAGAUCAACGGCGUGGAGUUCUUGGUUGCUGAAGCUCCUGACGUCAGCGUCCAUGAUCUCACGGUUGGGGAUGGGACAGCUCAGCUCGAGGAGUUGGUUCCGUACAACAAGAUCUCGAAUUUGGAAGGACUUAGCAGGCCUCUUCUUGUUAUCCAGGUGACCCUACUUAAAGAUGGGCUUGCAAUGGGCCUAGCUUUCAAUCACGCAGUCCUCGAUGGAACUGCCACAUGGCACUUCAUGAGCUCAUGGGCCGAGAUAUGCCGUGGCGCCAAAACUAUCUCAACCCAACCUUUCCUCGACCGAGCCAAGGCGCGUGAUACGCGCGUGAAGCUUGACCUCACUUCCCCCAAAGAUCCCAACGGCGAGGAUGUUGCGGCGGCUCCACCGCACCUUGUCGAGAAGCUCUUCAAGUUCUCAGACUCCGCCAUCCACACGAUCAAGUCAAGAGCCAACUCAGUCAUCCCAUCCGACGGCUCAAAACCAUUCUCCACUUUCCAGUCCCUCACAUCACACAUCUGGCGCCACGUCACCCUCGCGCGUGGGCUUAAACCCGAAGACAUAACUGUCUUCACUGUCUUCGCUGACUGUCGCCGCCGCGUUGACCCUCCAAUGCCUGAAUCAUAUUUCGGGAACAUGAUCCAGGCCAUCUUCACGGGGACCGCGGCGGGGCUUCUGGCGGCGCACGGGCCGGAGUUCGGAGCCUCGGUGGUGCAGAAAGCGAUCGUUGGUCACGACGCGCGUGUGAUAGACGCGCGGAACGAGGAGUGGGAGAAGUCGCCGAAGAUAUUCGUGUUCAAGGACGCGGGAAUGAACUGCGUGGCGGUUGGGAGCUCGCCGAGGUUCAAGGUCUACGAGGUGGAUUUCGGGUGGGGUAAACCGGAAACGGUUAGGAGCGGGUCGAAUAACCGGUUUAAUGGGAUGAUGUAUCUGUACCAAGGGAAGGCUGGGGGUGUGAGUAUAGAUGUGGAGAUAAGUCUUGAAGCUCAUGUCAUGGAGAAGCUAGAGAAGAGCAAAGAGUUUUUACUCUUGGAGGAAGAGGAAGUUGGAAAGAAGCUUAGCAAUGGCAAUGGUGUUGCUAAUGGUAACGGGUUGGUUUGAGUCAAUUAGUGCGAGUUAAUUAAUCAAUUGGGUUAAUUAGCUGAUUAUAUAUAUUUCAGUGAUCCCAAUAAAUAAUUGCUCUUUGUGUUGAUAAUAAUCAGCAGAAUGCUGGCGUGUGAGUUUGUAGUGUGUGCUGGUUUGGACGAUGUUUUAGUAUGGCUUAUUAUGUUGUUUAAAAUUAAAAUGCACUGUGUUUUAUAAUCUCGAAAAG